AUGGUUCGACAACUUGAUGCGGGCAACAAUUUCGCCAGAUUUCCCUCGCGAAGAAGUGCCAUCUAUAGCACAGAGGGAAUUGUUGCGUGCACGCAACCCCUCGCUGCGAAAUGUGGCAUCGAAAUUCUCAACUCUGGUGGAAACGCUGCAGAUGCAGCCGUCGCUGUCGCUGCCGGGAUGAACAUGACGGAGCCUUGCUCAACGGGCAUCGGAGGUGACAUGUUCAUGCUGUUCUGGGACGCGAAAAACAAGAAAGUCCAUGCGCUCAACGGAUCUGGUCGGGCUGGUGGAAAGUGCUCCAUCGAUUCUAUCCGAGACGCCCUCGGUUUCCAAAAGAGCUCUCAUGACGUCCAGAUCCCGUCGGUAAAUGUCCACUGUGUGACUGUCCCUGGUGCCGCCGCCGGCUGGGUUGACACUGUCGAGCGCUUCGGUAGCAAGAAGUUGACCUUGUCAGAGAUCCUCAAUCCUGCAAUCCAGCUUGGAGAGAAAGGAUUUCCCGUCUCGGAGGUUUCGAGCCAUCACUGGCAAGAUUCUGAGACGCUUCUCAAAAACGCAUCGCCCAACUUUGCCGAAGUAUUAAAGAGUGACCCGGCCGCAGAAGAUGGUUGUAGGGCGCCCAGGCCAGGAGAAAUAAUGGCGAAUCCAACUCUUGCCAGGACUUUUCGUGCGCUGGGGGAGCAGGGUAAGCCGGGCUUCUACUCGGGUAGAAUAGCUGAUGAGAUCAUCAAGGUCACUAGGAAGCUGGGGGGGUUCCUAGAAGCAGAGGACCUCCAGCACCACAUGGACACUGGAAGUGAGGCGACAAAGCCAAUCUCACUCAAGUUUAAGGGCCUGGGCCUGGGCGAUGAUGGUGUAGAGUUGUGGGAGCACCCGCCAAACGGCCAAGGUAUUGUAGCGUUGAUGGCCCUAGGUAUUUUCCAGGAGAUGGAGAAGCAGGGCAAGAUUUCAGCCUUUGGACCACAGGAUUUCAACUCAGCGCCCUAUCUCCACGCCAUCAUCGAGUCACUUCGCCUAGCUUUUGCAGAUGGCAGUUGGUAUAUUACAGAUCCAAGUACUACCAAGGUCCCUAUUAAGGGCUUAUUGUCGCCAGAAUACCUCGCUGAGCGAGCCAAACUGUUUAAUCCAGCAAGAGCCACCCAUAAUAAGGAGCAUGGCAACCCCUUUGUGUCCCCAGCUCUCCAGAGCAGUGAUACCGUCUACUUCACGGUUUCCGAUUCCGAGGGGAAUGUGGCCUCGUUUAUCAACUCAAACUAUGACGGCUUCGGAACCGGUAUUGUCCCAAGGGGAUGUGGAUUCACCUUACAGAAUAGGGGACAUAACUUUUCCCUUGAUCCAGAUCACCCUAAUAAGCUGGAGCCACGCAAACGGCCCUAUCAUACGAUUAUUCCAGGCAUGAUUACAAACUUGGCGGAUGGGUCCUUGCACUCAUCUUUUGGCGUCAUGGGCGGAUUUAUGCAGCCACAAGGUCAUAUGCAGGUCCUUCUCGGACUUGUCAUUGCCGGGCUAAAUCCCCAAGAGGCUCUAGACGCGCCGCGCAUAUGUGUCGCUGCCCGAAUGUUGGAGGAGCGAGUUGAAGAUUGGACCGUGAGCGUAGAGGAAUCCAUGCCGGAGGAGACGAUCCAGGGACUCAGGGACCUGGGCCACCAAAUCGAAAUUGUCACUGGUUGGGACAGGUCACUAUUCGGGCGCGGGCAAAUCAUUAGUCGUAGUCUAGAUCCCGUCACCCAAACCCCGGUUUGGUCGGGUGGAAGCGACCCGAGAGGCGAUGGUGCCGCAUACCCGGCAAUUUGA